CUCUAGAGGAAAGAAAGAUUUGUCUUCACUACUUGCUUUACGGUAUCUGAAUAGUGAAAGCACAAUGGACACUUCUUAGUUUUACAGAAAUCAAAAAUCAUCUAGGAACAAGAACGUCGGACUUUGAGGAAUAACACACUUUAGAGAGCCCAGAAAUUGGUCACUGAUAAAUCCGAUUUGGCCAUACAGCUUGGGAAUGAAUACCAUUGAGACAGCAAAGCUUGAAGAGCAUAUGGAGGGUCAAAACAAUGACACCUCUAAUGGCUACUCACGACCUACUCUCUCAGUCAGUGAAGAGAACAAAAAUGGCACUAGCAAACCAAAGGGCUUGUCUAAUGGCUUGCGAAAAACAACAAAGAAAUAUCCUGAUUACAUCCAGAUUGCUAUGCCUGCUGAGUCUAGGAACAAAUUUCCUCUGGAAUGGUGGAAAACAGGCAUUGCCUUUGUCUAUGCUCUCUUCAACUUGAUUCUAACAACUGUCAUGAUCACUGUGGUCCAUGAGAGAGUACCUCCAAAGGAGCUAAGCCCUCCCUUGCCUGACAAAUUUUUUGAUUACAUUGAUCGAGUGAAAUGGGCUUUUUCUGUAUCAGAAAUAAAUGGAAUGAUAUUGGUUGGAUUGUGGAUAUUCCAGUGGUUGUUUCUUAGAUACAAAUCAAUAGUGGGACGCAGGUUCUUUUUUAUAAUAGGAACUUUGUAUCUGUACCGCUGUAUUACUAUGUACGUUACCACCUUACCUGUGCCUGGAAUGCAUUUUCAGUGUGCGCCAAAGUUGAACGGAGAUUCUCAGGCAAAGGUUCAGAGGAUCCUGCGACUGAUUUCUGGUGGUGGUCUAUCCAUAACUGGAUCACACAUCCUAUGCGGAGACUUUCUGUUUAGUGGUCACACUGUGGUAUUAACGCUGAUCUACCUGUUCAUCAAAGAGUAUUCACCACGUCAUUUCUGGUGGUAUCACUUAAUCUGCUGGCUAAUGAGUGCUGCUGGCAUAAUUUGUAUCCUUGUUGCUCAUGAACACUAUACCAUAGACGUCAUCAUUGCUUACUAUAUCACCACACGGCUUUUCUGGUGGUACCACUCAAUGGCUAAUGAAAAGACUUUAAAGGUCUCUUCGCAGACAAAUUUUCUCUCUCGAGCAUGGUGGUAUCCAAUAUUUUAUUUCUUUGAGAAGAAUGUGCAAGGCUCUGUUCCUUGUAGCUUUUCCUGGCCGAUAUCUUGGCCUCCCAGCUGCUUCAAAUCUUCAUGCAAAAAGUAUUCACGGGUUCAGAAAACAGGAGAGGACAAUGAAAAAUCUACCUGAAGAAAAGAAGGAAAGCAUCUGCUCUGGGUUUUUUGUUUUUGGUUUUUUUUUUUUACCAAAACAUUAUUGCUGUAACCAAAGUUCUUAAGAGGACUACACUGUAACUGAAGAAGUGGACCAAGCUUCUGUGCAAUUGAUUGGAAAGACAAUUGUAGACACACAUAUUGCCAUUUCAUAUGUUUUCCUAUCAUCAGGCUGUACAGACCUAUUCUACUCUUCAGUGCUAACAGAACAUACCACUGAUGGGAUUUUUUUUUUUAAUUAAAGAAAAAAUGGAGUAGGACUUUGCUUUACUAAUGAGAUAGAGGUGCCAAAGACCACAUUAACACUUUCAUUACUAACUAUCACUCAUCCACAGAAGCACCCAAAAAUCUCAUCUUCAGAGUUCUGGAGUGCGUAAGGGCAAAAACAUGCUAAAAUGUAAAGGCACGAUAUCGGCGUAUUGAGGUACAUAAAAAAACCACAAUUGUGGGAAGUGGUUUGUUGCAUUAUUCUUGCUAAUGAAGGUAAGGCCUUUGCGUGACUGGUACAGCUGGAAGCGAGUCUUGAUUUUUCUACACUCUGUGGGUAUGAAUAUCUUAUGACCCUAAAAUACUACUUACCACCAUUAUCUCCCAUAUAUUCUAUAUACCAAUUUUUACAUUUUUAUUAGUAAUUUUAUAUUUAAACUGUUGUGCUACCUGAUGACUUUGCAAAUUAGGAAUAGCUGCUAACAUCAGAGCUCAAGGAGCCUAAAAUUUUAUUUUUUAAAAACAACACAGUUUCAAAGUCUAAACCUUUAAUUGCAGUUUGGCCUUGUGCAUAUAACUAUACCGUGCCUAUCGGUGUAUGUACAUGCAUAUACACACAAAAGCACACACUGCUGUGUAGUUAAAUGCUUAUUAAACAAAACUACUUACUGAAAAGAGUGAUCAUACAGUUCUUAAUUCAGGCAAAAGUCCUACAGAUCUCACCUGCUUGAGGAAUGCAAGGCCUGGUCCAAAAUGGGGCUAUAUUUAAAAUAAACUUUUUAAUUUUAGUAGCUAUCUCGUGCUGAAACUAUGUAGCAAGUUUGCUUGGGAGCCAUAGUUCCACACUGAAUUUCUUUUUUACCUGUUGGCACAUGUUUCUAUGACUUUAAAAACAAACAAAAACCAAAAAAGUGCCAAGGUGAAUGCCUACAACAGUAGCAUUUCUUCAAUUAUUACCUAAAACCAUUUCAUAUUAAAUGACACUGUGAUAGAACUCACAUGCAGAUUCCUUUUUUCCCAGGGUUUCACUCCACCUAGAAUGACUAUUUAAGCAAGUUGGCUGAGAAUGUGGGAAAUUACCAUGGCAAACAUGCAACAAAACCGCAAAUUAACAGCUACCUGGUUCUUGUUGGUUUUUAUUGUUUUGUAUUUUUGGGAAAGCAAAGUAGAAAAUUAGCAUACCAUGUUUAACCAUUUAUGUUCUGUAUUAAUUUCUGCAGUUAACUCAAUCUUAUUUUCAGAUCUUCAGUAAAACCUGAUAGCAAAGAUAAAACUGCAUUGUGUUGAAGUGAUACUAAUAUAAAGGAAAUGCUGUUUAUUUUAAGAAUGUCUUGAACUGAGUGACAAGUGUGAACACAGUUUAAAUAAUGACAACUUGUUUUUAAGAAGUCCAGUUAUAAAAUGCAAUACAGAGUAUUCAAAUACAAUUUUUUUCAGUUAAGGGGAUCAAUUGCUAUGAGUUGUACAUGAGAAUAUUAUUAAUGUGCAUUUCAAAUAUUUUUGUGCAUUAUCAAAGUAAUACAAUAAACAAUGUUCCUU